CUUUUCCAUGGAUCUCUCUGUCAGCACCAUUCUCCUCUUGACCAUCUCCUGCUGCCUGUGGAAUACAGAAGCCCGAGUUUAUAGAUAUGUGCUCACUGUGCCAAAUGGGAAUGCUUGGGGUCACUGGGGCCUGAGAGAGUUUUGCUCUCGCGGCUAUGCUCAUGGCUUCUCCCUGAAGGUAGAAGCAGCCCAAGGGAAUAAGGAUGAUACAGCUCUGAAUGGAAUCUGCUUGUACUGUAGUGAUGGCAGAACAAUUGAGUCUACAGUUGGACUGUGGGGAACCUGGACCACAAGUCAAUUUUGCCGCUCGGGCUACCUGGUUUCUUUUUCUCUGAGAGUACAACUACCUCAAGGGGCGGGUGAUGAUACAUCCACUAACAACAUCCAAUUCGCCUGCAGUGAUGGUAGUCCCAUGGUAGGCCACGGCCUGCGUUGGGGUGAUUUUGGCCCAUGGAGCAGACGCUGCCCCUCAACUGGCAUAUGUGGGCUCCAAACAAGGAUAGCGGAAAAUCAGGGCGAAGGUGAUGACACAACACUCAAUGAUGUGCAUUUUUACUGCUGUUAA